CACCCUCCUCCCCCUCCUCCUCCUCCCACCCCCGUCCCGGCUCAUCCCCCUCCAAAACCAGUCACUCCACCACCAAAGCCAGUAACUCCACCACCAAAACCAGUCACUCCUCCACCAAAACCGAUCACUCCUCCACCACCAAAGCCGGUCACUCCACCACCUAAGCCGGUCACUCCACCACCAAAACCCGUCACUCCACCACCAAAGCCGGUCACUCCACCUAAGCCAGUCACUCCACCACCAAAACCAGUCACUCCACCGCCAAAGCCGGUCAUUCCACCUCCAAAGCCGGUAACUCCACCGCCAAAGCCGGUCACUCCACCUCCAAAGCCGGUCACUCCACCACACAAACCGUACACUCCACCACACAAACCGUACACUCCACCGCCAAAGCCAGCAACUCCUCCACCGAAACCGGUUACUCCGCCGCCGGCUAAGCCGCCGGUUCACCCGCCAGUUAUUCCAAAAAGGAGCUUCGUCGCAGUACAGGGCGUUGUUUACUGCAAGUCAUGCAAGUACGCCGGAGCUAAAACACUCUUAGGAGCCACUCCCGUCGCCAAUGCUACGGUGAGGUUGGUAUGCAAGAACAGGUACAAAACCGUGGACUACGCGAAUACUGACAAGAACGGCUACUUCUACCUGAUCGCAAGAGAUAUAGUGACCAGCUACGGGAUCCGCGGUUGCAGGGCGUCGCUGCUCUCGUCGCCGCUGCCCCACUGCCAGAGGCCAUCCCUCCUCCACGACGGCUUAAACGGCGCCAUCUUAAGGUUUGAGAAGAGCUUCGUCUCCGGCAAAAAACCAUUCUCUCUCUACACUGUCGGCCCAUUUGCCUUUGAGCCCAAAUGCCCCCGCACUAAUUGAGAAACCAAUUAUGUCCAUAGAUCUUAUAUAUUUGUGUGUUCAAAAUCAUGGAGUUAAUUAUUCCUAGGAUUUCGCGUUUUGUUUACUUGUUAGUGGGCCAGGGUGUUGUUUCCUUUAAAAUUUGUGCGUCGUAAUGUCAAAUGUGCGUGACUUGAGAUGGUGUUAGUCGAUCUUUUGUUACUUGUUACUUCAUGUGUUGCAAUAAAGAUUUUUAUAUUUAACAAUAAA